CCGUCUUGUUCUCCCGUCCAUUGGCCUCGCGCAGCAUGUCCUUUCGGCCGAUGUUCCAGCAGCGGGCUGUGGCCCCCAUCGCUGCCACUCUUUUGGCUGGAGGUGUAGCCUUCUAUCCCCGGCGAACCGCCUUCGCAGAGGAACCUAAUGCGAGGAAACCGAUCUAUGAUGACUUCCCUGCCGAUAUCCCGGAACCCACGAAGACCCUGCCUCCUGCUCCUCCCAAGUCGUCUCCAUCUUCCUCCUCGUCCCCUACUCCCACAGAUAUCUUGACGGCUCAGGUCCGACACGCCCGUCUUUUCCUCUACGAAAACUCCCUCGCCGCCGAGAACUGCUUCAACGACUUCCUGUCCCGGGCCCUCCACAUCGAGAACGCUUUCACCAACACCAUCGCCUCGUUGGCCCCGUCGCCCGAGUCCGGCGAGCGUCUCCUCCCCGGCGGCGCCUAUGUCAUCGUCUCUGCCAUGGCCGGUUCCAUCGUGUCCCGCAACCGCGGUAUCUUGCUGCGCACCGCCUCGCCGCUCGCGUUCGGUACCGUGGCCGCCUGGUCCCUCCUGCCGGUGACCAUGCGCAACAUCUCCGACCUGGUGUGGGAGUACGAGAAGAAGGUCCCCGCCAUUGCCGAGCAGCACCUCUACCUCCGUGAACGGGCUGAGCAGAUCUGGUCUACUGGCGUGGCGCACAGCGGCAUGGCACGUGCAUGAUGGAAGAUAAGAUCGGGGAGACCCGCAAGAAGCUGGAGGAGCUGGUUAGCAAGGGUCACUAGAUUAUUGCAUUUUCAGUCUGUCUCUCCUCCUUUUCUCGGUUGUUUUCCUUGUAGCGGAUGCCAUUUGGAGCCCGUGCUGCGAUUUUCGGCUCGGAUGGCUUAAAUUCCAUUGCAUAUGUGUACUUUAAAACAGUUAUAUUCAAGGACUCUUUGUUCGGCACA